UCCCACAAACAUCCCCCAAAGUCUUCCUACCGCCCAAAUCAACCAUCUCAUCGAUCGAGCCACCCUUUCUCUCCACCUCUCCUCGUCGAUAAGCAAAUCCACACCCUUACGCUCUCCUCCACAAACCCAAUCCCUUUUUAACCCUCACUCCCUUCCUCGCUGCCUCCUUGCUUCUUCUCUUCAUCUUUCUCCAGCGCUCGCCAUCCAUGGCUUCCACCGCCGCCGCCUCCCUCUCCCUCCUCCCAACCUCCUCGUACCGACGGCGUGUGGUGGCGGCGUCUGCCUCCGCCGCGGCCUGUCUUCGACCUGGGCUCCGACGGAUGGGUUUCGCCUUCGCGGCGGGUGAUCGUUUGCUGACCGCUCACGUUGCCGACAGGAUCCUGGCGGUGGCUGGGAGGAGCGGGAGAGGGAUUCGUGGAGUGGUGUCGAUGGCUAAGAAGAGCGUUGGUGACCUCACUGUGGCUGACCUCAAGGGGAAGAAGGUGUUCGUCCGAGCGGAUCUGAAUGUGCCCCUCGAUGAGGACCGUAACAUCACAGAUGAUACUAGGAUACGUGCGGCUGUGCCGACCAUCCAGCACUUGAUCAGCAAAGGGGCCAAAGUCAUACUCUCCAGCCAUCUGGGACGUCCAAAGGGUGUCACGCCAAAAUUUAGCUUGGCCCCUAUAGUGCCUAGGCUUUCUGAACUUCUUGGAAUCAAGGUUGAGAAAGCUGAUGAUUGCAUUGGUCCAGAAGUUGAGAAAUUGGUCAAUGCACUUCCUGAAGGUGGUGUUCUACUUCUUGAAAAUGUAAGAUUCUACAAAGAAGAAGAGAAAAAUGAACCUGAAUUCGCCAAGAAGCUGGCAGCACUAGCAGAUCUCUAUGUAAAUGAUGCAUUUGGAACAGCACAUAGAGCACAUGCAUCAACGGAGGGGGUCACCAAGUUCUUGAAGCCCUCUGUCUCUGGUUUUCUACUGCAAAAGGAACUUGAUUAUCUUGUAGGUGCUGUUUCAAGCCCCAACAGACCUUUUGCAGCAAUUGUAGGUGGUUCAAAAGUGUCAUCUAAGAUUGGAGUAAUUGAAUCACUGUUAGAGAAAUGUGAUAUUCUUCUUUUGGGUGGAGGAAUGAUAUUCACAUUUUACAAAGCACAAGGCUUCUCAGUGGGUUCUUCUUUGGUAGAGGAUGACAAACUUGAGCUUGCAAAAACUCUUAUUGCAAAAGCCAAAGCCAAAGGUGUCUCUCUUUUGUUGCCAACUGAUGUUGUUGUGGCUGAUAAGUUUGCACCCGAUGCAGACAGCAAGGUUGUGCCAGCAUCUGAAAUUCCUGAUGGUUGGAUGGGACUGGAUAUUGGCCCAGAUACAGUUAAGACAUUUAAUGAUGCACUGGAUACAACCAAGACGGUUAUUUGGAAUGGUCCAAUGGGAGUGUUUGAGUUUGACAAGUUUGCUUUUGGAACUGAGGCCAUUGCAAAGAAGUUAGCGGAGCUCAGUGGAAAAGGCGUGACGACAAUCAUUGGAGGUGGAGAUUCUGUUGCUGCGGUAGAGAAAGUUGGAGUAGCUGAUGUAAUGAGCCACAUAUCAACGGGUGGUGGGGCUAGCUUGGAGCUGUUGGAAGGAAAAGAGCUUCCAGGAGUUGUUGCAUUGGAUGAAGCAAUUGCUGUACCUGCAUGAACUUGAUGGCAGGUUAAGAUUUCUUUUGGAAUCUGAUUUACUUGUCAGAAACGAUGGCCUAAAUUCCAUUUAAGAGCUAUAUCAUUGUGAUGGCUCCUUUCUCUUGUUUCGUCCCUCCCAAGAGAACCCCUCAAGACUCGGAAGAGUUUCCUGCUGUAGAGUUUUUUUGCUAGUUAUAAGUGGAUCAUACCUUUUAAAUUGUCACAAGUUGCCUUUUAAACAGUGUUGGUGAAACAACCUGUUUAUUUUCAAGUCAGAUUCUCUUUGUACCUGAUUGUGAUAAUAAUAAUUGCUCUUUAAUC